UACCCCGUAGCAUCAGCGCACACCAGACACCAUCAAUCUCUUGAACCAUUCGCUCAUGGCCGCUACUUCACUUUCAAACCUCUCUUCUUCUCUCUCAUCAACCGCCGCCGCCACCACCACCACCACCACCACCACCACCGCGCUCUCCAAACCUUCCUCUCUCCCUCUCUUCCACAACAAAACCCUCCCUAAACCCACCGCCACCACGACAACACGCGCCGCCACAUCCCACAACCACAACUCCCCAAUCCCCAAACCGCAACAGCACCAACACUCGUCUCCCUUCUCCUUCUCCGAUGACGACGAAAAGCCACGCGAAGAGUGCGGCGUCGUUGGAAUCUACGGCGACCCCGAAGCCUCCCGCCUCUGCUACCUCGCACUCCACGCUCUCCAGCACCGCGGCCAAGAAGGCGCCGGAAUCGUAACCGUCAACAACAACGUCCUGCAAUCCAUCACCGGCGUCGGCCUCGUCUCCGACGUCUUCAACGAGUCCAAGCUCGACCAGCUCUCCGGCUCUCUCGCCAUCGGCCAUGUCCGUUACUCCACCGCCGGACAGUCCAUGCUCAAGAACGUCCAGCCUUUCGUCGCCGGAUACCGCUUUGGCUCCGUCGGCGUCGCUCACAAUGGUAAUCUGGUAAAUUACCGAACCUUAAGGGCAAAAAUGGAAGACAACGGUUCCAUCUUCAACACAACGUCUGAUACUGAGGUGGUUCUUCACCUCAUCGCAACUUCGAAGCACCGACCUUUCAUUCUGAGAAUCGUUGACGCCUGUGAGAAGCUCGAAGGUGCGUAUUCAAUGGUGUUUGUUACAGAGGACAAGCUUGUUGCUGUUAGGGACCCGUUUGGAUUUAGGCCUUUGGUUAUGGGAAGAAGAAGCAACGGUUCUGUGGUUUUUGCUUCUGAAACUUGCGCUCUUGAUUUGAUUGAAGCUACUUACGAAAGAGAAGUGUACCCUGGCGAGGUUAUUGUUGUGGACAACAAUGGAAUUCAGAGUCUCUGCCUCAUGUCUCAUCCGCAACCCAAACAGUGUAUAUUUGAGCAUAUUUACUUCGCUUUACCCAAUUCUGUUGUUUUUGGUAGGUCAGUGUAUGAAUCUAGAAGGCAAUUUGGUGAGAUUCUUGCAACUGAGAGCCCUGUUGAUUGUGAUGUUGUCAUAGCUGUGCCUGAUUCCGGUGUUGUCGCGGCGCUUGGAUACGCCGCGAAAGCCGGUGUCCCCUUCCAGCAGGGGCUAAUUAGGUCCCACUAUGUUGGGAGGACCUUCAUUGAGCCUUCUCAGAAGAUUAGGGACUUUGGCGUGAAGCUUAAGCUAUCGCCGGUUCGAGCUGUUCUAGAAGGGAAGAGAGUUGUGGUGGUGGAUGAUUCAAUUGUGAGAGGAACAACAUCAUCAAAGAUUGUGAGGUUGUUGAAGGAGGCUGGUGCCAAAGAGGUUCACAUGAGGAUUGCAAGCCCACCAAUCAUUGGUUCUUGUUACUAUGGUGUGGAUACUCCAAGCUCUGAGGAGUUGAUUUCUAAUAGGAUGAGUGUUGAGGAGAUUAGGGAUUUUAUUGGUUCCGAUUCACUUGCUUUUCUUCCAUUUGAUAGCUUGAGGAAUUUGUUGGGCAAUGAGUCCCCAAAUUUCUGUUAUGCUUGUUUCUCUGGGAAGUACCCUGUUGAGCCCAGAGAACUUAAGGUGAAGAGAGUUGGUGACUUUGUUGAUGAUGGGUUGAAUGGGAGUUUGGAAACCAUUGAUGGUGGCUGGGUUCAAGCAACAACACCACCACAACCAACAAGAACUCCUAAAGAGGUUAAGGCUGCUGGUACUGUUUUUUGACAAUGAAAUUGUGUACUAGUACAAUUUUGUGAUCUUUUUGAAGUGCUUGGGGGGUUUACAAUUGCAUAAUGUUUGGGUUCUCCAUUAAUCGUGAUAGUUGUAUUCGUUUUGCAUCGUGUACAGGUGAAUUCACAUUUCUAUUAUUAUUGAAUUGGGUAUCAUGUCAUCCCAUUUCAGGUGGCUAUUAGUAGUCAAUAAUAAUAAUAGUAAUAAUGAUUAGGUAGCCUAAUAUACGAUGCAAAAUGAGUAACUCAAACAUUUUUAUUGGUUCCAUGAUGUUAUAUGGUACCUAAGUUUUUCGUGUUUAGGUGAGAUAAUGUCAAGCCAUCUAACUACACGGUGGUGAGCUCCGAAUGAUUCGGUUUGUUCAUAAGGCCAAUAUUUAGUACUUAUUUUUGGUCUCUGUUCAGAACUGAUAUUUGGAGCUUUUGCUAUUUAUUAGAGAACUUAGAACAGUGGUAUAAGAUUAUCAGAAUCAAGAACUUGGAUGUUUUUCCU